CUCGCUGGAAGUGUCUAUCUGCACACAGGCAUAGCAUGUGAGGAACCAAGUCGCUGGAGUGCAUACUCACAACCUACACAAUGACGUCGUUCACGUUCCCUCCACCACCGCCACCGCCGCCAAAAGCGGCUUCGAACGAUGCGCCGAGCUACUCGAGCCAACGCGGCGGCCCAGGUCGAGGCAGAGGCGGUGAUAGAGGGCGGGGAGGCGACCGCGGUCGCGGAAGGGGUGGCCGUGGCCGUGGCGAUCACAACUCCGGUCAAAGCCGCGGGAACGCGCAUGGAGGACGAGGAGGUUCAAGAGGAGGCUACGGGAACAGCUAUGGAGGGAACACUCAGCAGCCUCCGACAUCAUACGCCAACCCUGCGUUUGCGAACCAGCCACAAGGAGUCCCGCCGCAGAUGAAUCCGCAGGCCUUUGCACAAGCCAUGUCGUUUAUGUCUACGCCAGCCGGCGUGCAGUCGAUGACGGCGUUCACAAACCGCAUGUCAGCGCAGUACCCGCAGUCUCCGCCGCCAGCGCAGCCCGCGCCACGCUUCUCGCCCGGACAGCAGGCGGGCCAGAAGCGGAAGCGUCCAGAGUCCAACGCGCCGCACCUACCGCCAAAGAAGCCGUCGGGACCAAAGCCCCCGCGAGCGAAGGCAGCUGUGGCUCCACCUGUGCCGAGCUUUGGCUUCUCUCUCCCAGCGCCCACAGCGGCAUCGAAAGCAAGCCAGAAGAAGCGAGUGAAUCUGGGCCUCAGCGAGCAGAACGUCGCGGACGAGAGCAGCAGCGACGAAGAGGACGUGGACGAGGAAGCCGAGUUCGCCGAGAAAGUCAAGGUCGAGGGCGUCGCCUUCGAGCACAACGGCGAGAUGAUCUCGCUGCAAACCGCCGCCGACGUGCAAGCCUACAUCAAAGACCGGCGCCGAAACUACCCCACGCAGCAGCGCAUCCGCGACAAGGCGCAGGAACUCGCCGCGCGCCGCGAGCACGAGCUGGAAUUCCUACACAGAGUCAAAGGCAAGCCCCGACCGACGCAGACCGCCCCCGCGCCCGAUCCCAACCCGCCCCGCAAGCCAACCCACGCCGACACCGCCAACCGCGAGAAACUCGCCGCCCUGCGCAAACGCCUCCACGAAAGCAUGCUCGCCAAGCGCCCGCCCGCCCCGCUCGUCGCCGGCUACGACAGCGACCCCGCGUCCGACGAAAGCUCGGUGCUGUCCGACUCGUCCGUGCUGUCCGAGUCAUCUGACGAGGACGACGACGAGGAGGAGGAGGAGGAGGAGGAGGAUGAAGCCAGCGACAGCGACGCGCCCCCCGAACCCACCUCGUCCAAAUCCGCACCCCCGCCUGUCACUAUCCCGCCGCCGCCCGCGCCGCCCGAGACGUGCAGGAUCUGGGCGCGCGACGGGCGCUGCAAGUUCGGCCGCGGGUGUCGGGACAGGGAGGAGAAGAGGGUCGGGUUGUUUGAGAAGCUGGUGGAGCAGGAGCGGGAGAAGGCGGAUCGGGGGGCGUUGGAGGCGAUUAAGUUUCUGGGGCGCAAUGGGUUUUUGGGGUAG